CGAAGGAAUGUCACCCAUAUCCCCAUUAUACAACCCCUUCAUAAUCCAAAAAAAGAAAAAGAUGUUUUGUAUGCUUGCACAUAAAUCCCUUGAGCUACACCAACUAACACACACUGCAGAAAACUCGUUUAACUCACCGCUCACACCCCACUUCUUCAAUUUAUUCCUUUAACACUCACUCUCUCUGGAGUAUAAUAUUAGGCAACACGAGAGAGAAUAGAGGCCAACACAUUAAAGAAUUGAGUAACAAUAAAAACAGAACCUACCCUCUUCAUUCUCAUACGAUCCAUCCACUUCUUCACACUGCUAUCCUCAACAAACAAUUAGCCACCUCUUUACUACAUGCACAUUGCUCCUUGAAAUCUACGCCACCCAACAACUCUGCUCAUCUUCCCAAUUGUUCUCUGCAACUCUGCUCUUUCUUGGGCUUCUCCCCAUUUCUUUAGUACUGUAACCCCCAGAAAAAAACAUUCUUUAGUUGUUGGGUACUCUUCUGCCUUGUUUUCCUCUGGUGGGGUUCUUGAUUUCUGCUCCUAUCUUUUAGUACUGUCCCACUAAGUCAGUCUAGUUUUAAUUUUCUUGGUUUGUGAUUAGCCCAGAAUGUACCUUAAAUAAGGCUCUUUUUUCAAGAUUUCUGCAUGGGGUUGUCUUGAUUAGGCCAAGAUAUACCUCAGAUAAGGCUCUUUUUUCAAGAUUUUACAUGGGUUUGUGUUGAUUAGGUACAGGUUUUCAUGGGUUUUUGUUAAGGCUCGGUAUCUUGUGAUAUGAUAAUCAUUGAUGUAGUACUUGAUACCUAGGGUUUUGUGCUAUUGUGAAGUUUAGUGAUCAGAAUUUGGGGGAAUGGGGUGCUUAAAGUUGUUGCUUGUAGUUUAUGUUUUGUGGGUUUUUUGUAUCUCAACUACCCAUGAGUUACAGAGCUCUGAAACCCAAGCUCUUCUUCAGCUAAGAAAGCAUUUAGAAUACCCUGUGGCAUUGCAAGCUUGGGAGAAUUAUAAUGGUGAUUUGUGUUACAUGCCCUCAACAUUACAUGUUAGCAUUACAUGCCAUGAUAAUAUUGUUUCUGAGCUCACAAUUAAGGGGGACAAGCGUGAUAGUGUGAGUCAGUUUUAUGGAUAUGCAAUUCCUAAUAUGACUUUAUCUGAGAAGUUCUCGAUUGAUUCUUUUGUUACCACGUUGGCAAGGUUAAGUGGCCUAAGGGUUCUUAAUUUGGUGUCUUUGGGUAUAUGGGGACCAUUGCCGGUUAAAAUUCAUCGGUUGAGAUUGCUUGAAGUUCUUGAUAUGAGUUCAAAUUUUAUGUUUGGUUCCAUUCCACCAGAAUUAUCGAGAUUAGAGAAGCUUAAUACUUUAACAUUUGAUAGUAAUUACUUCAAUGGCACUGUUCCAGACUGGUUGGAUUUGUUCUCGAACCUUACCAUUUUGAGUAUCAAGAAUAACCGGUUGAAGGGCUUGUUACCUUCUUCAAUUUCCAAUGUGACAACCCUUGCUGAUGUGUCUUUGUCUCACAAUAAGAUUACUGGUAGACUGCCAAAUAUGAGUGCAUUAUCUAAUCUUCAUUUGUUGGAUAUGAGGGAGAAUGGGCUGGAUUCCGAAUUGCCUCGCAUGCCUAGAGGAUUGACUACUAUGCUUCUGAGCAAGAACUCAUUCUCUGGUACUAUUCCUCGUCAGUUUAGCAACCUAAAUCAGCUUCAGCACCUUGACCUUUCUUCCAAUUUUUUGACUGGAGAACCACCAGCUGCAUUGUUUUCUUUGCCAAAUAUUAGUUAUCUAAAUAUAGCAUCAAACAUGUUGAGUGGUUCUCUUCCAGACAACCUGACUUGUGGAGAUGAACUUGGGUUCGUUGAUAUUUCUAGUAAUAGGUUGAUAGGUAGGCUUCCUUCUUGUUUAUCCUCUACGUCACAAAAGCGGAUUGGUAUGUUUAGUGGGAACUGUCUGUCAACUAAUACACAACAUCAGCAUCCAGAGUCUUUCUGCAAAGUUGCAACAGUUAAAAAGGAAAAAUCUAGGGGAAGAUCAAAGGCAGUUUUAAUUGGUGUGAUUGGAGGAAUUGUUUUUGUUGUAGUGCUUCUGACAAUUUUCCUUCUAGCUUUGCGUCGAAGAUAUUCUUCACGAGAAGAGGCACUUGUCCAACAUACACUGCCCAAGCUUGUGCAACAGAAUGCACCAUCAGGAAUAUCACUUGAACUCCUUGAAAAUGCCAGGAUCAUAUCUGAAUCAGCAAAACUAGGAACUCAAGGUUCCCAAGCAUACCAAGUAUUUUCACUGGAAGAGUUAGAAGAAGCUACCAAUGAUUUUGACGAGUCGGCAAUCUUGGGUGAAGGUUCUGCUGGAAAGCUUUACAAAGGAAGAUUAGAUAAUGGGCUUUUCAUUACUGUACGAGCUCUGCCUUUAUUUAGAAAGUAUUCAGUUCGAAACCUUAAACUUCGAUUGGAUCUGCUUUCAAAGCUUCGCCACCCGCACCUUGUAGCACUUCUAGGCCACUGUAUUGAUGGAGGAGGACAAGAUGAUUCUACUGCUAGCAGAGUCUUCCUUGUAUAUGAAUAUGUGCCAAAUGGAAAUUUCCGUGCUCAUCUCUCAGAAAGCUCUCCAGAAAAACUUCUUAAUUGGUCAGAUCGAUUAGCAGUUCUAAUUGGCAUUGCAAAAGCUGUGCAUUUUUUGCAUACUGGGGUAUAUGCUUCUAUCAGUAAUCGCUUGAGAACAAAUAAUAUAUUACUAGAUGACCAUCGCAUAGCCAAGCUGAGUGACUAUGGGAUUUCCAUAAUUACUGAUGAUAUAGAAACGCUCGAGGGAAAGAAAGAAGGCUCUAGAUCAUGGCAUAAAUCAAAGCCAGAGGACGAUGUUUAUAACUUUGGGUUUAUAUUGCUGGAGGUGCUUGUUGGGCCUAUUGUGAGUGGAAAAGGAGAAGCAUAUUUGCUGAACGAAAUGACAUCCUUUGGUAGCCUGGAUGGUCGAAAGAGGAUCGUGGAUCCAAUUGUGCUAACCACUUGCUCACAAGAGUCAUUAACAACUGUGAUAUCAAUCACCAACAAAUGUAUAUCAGCUGAUCCUACAAAUCGUCCCUCGUUCGAGGAUGUGCUCUGGAAUCUGCAGUACGCGGCCCAAGUCCAGGCUUCAGCAGAUGCUGAUCAGAAGUCAAAUACAUCAUCACACUGAUCAUUGUGUCCUUUCCAAGUAUUCUUACCUUACGCAACAGAUGGCAUUAAGUCAUUUGCUAUUCAAAUCCUCUUGCAUAACCAUUUUUAGAAAAAAAUCAUUUGCUCAACAGUAUGACCAUGAUUCUUGUGCCAAUCUAAUCAUCCUGUAGUAUUCUUGUGUAAAAUUGCAAAUGUCUUUUUUCAUUAUAGAUUUCAGACUUUAAAAGUAGGAUAUAGAAACUGAUGGAUCAAAUUCAGUUGCGAAAAUGUUCUGCAGCUGUCUGAACUUUCAUCUCAUUCUAAUGUGAAGUGAAUUUUGUGGGUUUUCCGUGCAGAAGGUUCAAAUUUCAUAAGUUCUGACAGUAAGUUGUAUUGUACAUAGAUGCUUCGAAGAUAGGUGUUCCCAGGAUUCUGGAUUCAAAA